UCCAAUUGCUCAUCUGCCAAGCCAUGACUAAAGAUUGGGAAAUGGGCGGGACUGGAGAUCUACGCUGGCCUAGUGCCAGGCAACGAAACUAGACACCUUGCUCCACCGAUCGCAACCUGCUGGUAUCUCCGUGAGGUGUCUCCCACACACACGCCUUCUGAGAUAUAAAACCGUGGCUGGGAAGCCAACCCUCAAAGAGAGACAAGAUUCCUUGGAGCAGCGUCGGAUUCCAAGCCGAUUGGUGGCAACGACCCGGAGGUCUUGAGGAACCGACUGCCGUAUCGCAGGCCAGCUCGCUCCAACAGGAAUUUCGCCAACAGACCAAUCCCACACGCUCACGGAAAGAUGGGUUGCAAAUGCUGCAAGAAGAGAAAGGACUGCCAAGAGCUCACCGACGUUGAGAGGGCCAUCGAAAUCGUCAUCAACAACUUCCACUGCUAUGCUGUGAAGGGCCGCAAGGAAUGCCUCACCCCCAACGAGCUGAAGGAACUGGUGGGCCAGAGGCUGCCACAUUUAGCAAAGGGCGUUGGCACGUUGGAGGAGAAGAUUGAGUGUCUUGGGGACGGCGAUGAGACGAAACUCCAGUUUGGCGAAUACUGGGACAUCAUGGGGGACGCGGCCAAAGGCUGCCAAGCUCCCGGAAUGAAGAAGUAAGGCCCACUGGGGAAGACCAAAACCAAAAAAGCCUCAGAUCAUUUACUCAGAAAGAAUGAGAGACUGACCACCACAAUGUCAAUAUGUUGUCAAUGCAGUGUUAAUAUUUUCGGGGCUUUCUCUCCCCAAUCCCCUUCUCUGGCUCUGGAAUAUCAACAUCUAGAGCAGAUCUCCUUUCCUUCAAGUCAACAAUCUUUCAAUGUAUGGCCCCAUUUCCUCCAGUUCCUGGGGUUUGUUCUAAACUGCUAGUCUUCCAGAACUUUGACGUUCUCAGUUCCAAACCACUCAGUUCUAGAACCUUCGGAUGGAGGGCUCUUGAGACACCAGCCUGGAACCGCAGGGCUUCAGGCUAAUUUGUACUCUAGAACUUUGAAACCAUAUGGCGCUCUCUCUACCCCCUCCCUCUGCCCUUCUCAAAUAUUAAAAUUUCCAGGUUUUGAUUCUAGGAUCUUCAGGUCAACAAAUUCCACCUGUAACUGUAGAUCUUCAGGUGUGUUUUAAAAAAAUAAUCCCCAACUUGUAGUUCUAUUGCGAAUGGGUUCCUUAACCUCUGGAUUUGGAACCCUGCCUGGGGCACUGUUUUCCUCCUCUUUCCACAUCUGGAAUCCAGAAUUGUAUGAUUUUGCUCCAGAUUCAAUAAAUCUUAAAUAAUAAUUUUAAAAAGUUAGAAAAUUAAUCAGGAGUUUUGAUCUGUCCAGUUUUGGAACAGACAUAUUUUUAAAUUAUUGGCUCAACCGUCUUCUUCUUUUACCUAAUGUUGAGUUAGCUAAUUAGGUCAUGUAUCACUUCUCCAUAGCACUGAUGAAGCUUUCUACAUCAACACUGUUGUGCUCGCUGGUUCAGAGAGCAGAAAAGGCAGGGGUUGGGGUGGGCUGGGUAUCCAUCCUUCCAGUUUACUUCUUCAUAUGCACCAGGCUGAGGGGUUACGGAGUUUGCAAGCAGGGUGGUUCAGAAAGGAGCUUCCGGCCUUCUUUGCCAACCAACAUCUGGACUGUGUAGGAGCUGGGAAGGGGAAGCAGAGAAGCUAUGGA